AACACCAGACUUACACUCUGUUGGAAGUAAAAAGAGUUUUAUUGAAGAAUUAAAAAGUUCCCCACAACUGAAGAGACAUAAGUAUCCAGGAGGGAUACUGCAGUGAUCCAAAGUGCAGGAAGAACAGUGAGGUUUUUUUCAGAUGGAGCAAACACUUAGUUCUCACAGGCCAUGGGGUUGCAGAGAGAAGGAAAAAAAAAGUUACGGAGAGGGGUUGUUAAACUACGGCUUUUCUUUACAUCAAUCUCUAACUUUACAUUUAUUUCUUUCUUCUUGGAAUAUCUUUGACCAAGACAUUCUUUGUAACUUCAGCAGGUCCAUUAGUUAAUAUGCCUGAAGGACUGAGUCAGCUGUCUGCAUAUUUACUUUUUCCUCUUAUCUUAAAGAAACAAGCUAUAUUUCUACCUUAAUUACAGAUCUGACAAAAAAUCAGAAGUGAGGUGAAGGUCUCAAAGCCAAACCAAACAUGUUGCAGUCGAGUCAAUUCGAACUCCUAGAGAUGGAGUAAAUAAAGUCUGGUUUGAGAGAGUAAAUUAGAUUAAGACUUGGUUAAUCGGCUUUUACUUCUUGGUUUCAGAGUGAGGAGAAAACUGCAGGGCUUCAUCUUAACAUUAUCAAUUCUAUUUGACCUCAUCCUGACCAAAGUAUUUUUCCCUAGGACAAGCUGCAUAAACAUUCUUGACAAAUAUCUUUUAACAAACAAUUCUUAGUAGAAGUUAAAAAACAAACAAACAAACAAAAAACUUCAGAUCCUUCUUCUGUGUUUCCAGCAGUUAAGCUCUUAAGAGAAGCUGAAUCGCCUCUUCAGAACAGUAGAGGCAGACACUUUGGUCAAGCUGCAGUUUAAUUUAAACUGGAGCUUAAUUUAGGUCUGAAAUUAGCCAUUUUAGUUGUGUCAAGGACCGCUUAUUUUGGAAUGCCCAUACACCCCUCUCUCCCACCUACUCCAUUUCCGGAUGGUGCCCUGUGUAUUUGUGGAGCCCUUUGGUACCAGGAACUGUGCCAAGUGCUGGGACCCUUUGUCCAGAUCGCUGGCACUGAGCUGAGGGAGCUCCCUUUUGCAGGCCAGCUCUCAGGACCCUUGUGCACCUCUCCCAGGUGCUUCCCUCCCCUCCAUUCGGAGAAAGCCCAGCUGCUGAAGGUUUUUGGGUGGGGAAAUGACAAAGUGGCCUGUUUUGGACCAUGAUGUUUUAACUCGUAAUCCCCUCCUCCUAUGCCAGAGACACAGCACAACUCAGCCAUGUUAAUCCACCUCAAGAGGCCCCAGAAUCACCUGCAGCGCUCUUCAAAAGACUCCCGAGGCCCACCUGCUCUUCGGAGGCCUAGAGUGGAGCCGGCUUCUAGGUUGGCGGCUCUCCCAGCGCCAGGGAGAAGCACUACCGGUUCUUUCUGUGUGGUAACCGAGACCGCUUUCGGUUUCCCCCUGCGUCUGCCCAGCCCUGGAGAAGGCCUUUUCCACCAGCGGAGCCGCAGACCACCUUAAAUGGCGCGCGCCCUUAAGGCAGCGCACCGCCCCUUCCAGAGUGUUCGGCCAGGGCACCCCUUUGUUGAGAAGGCUCUGCGCCAGCCGCGUGGCGAGUUCCUCACGGGAUCUCGCUCCCCAAGGCCCUUUGCAAACUCAGUCGGCCCAUCCACCGAGGCCCAGCGGUUAGGGAGGGGCCGGUCCGGGGCUAGGAGACCGGCCUAAACUCUGCUCCCAGCGCUGGAGCUGCCCGAGCGCCGCGAGAGUGACCCUUGCCGCCGACCCAGAGCCCCCGGGGUGGGCGCUCGACCCCAGGGCGAGUGGCCAGCGCACCUGCCAUCUGAUGCCCGCAGGCCGAGGCCCCGGGCGUCCGCUGCGCCCCCCGGAUGCGCACGAAGACCCCCGCACAUGCUGUCGUUCCGCGGCCCCGGUCCGAUCGAUGAUGACCACUGACCUCCAGUCCUUUGCAGGACCAGAACUGCUUCUCUCUGAAAGCGACCUGAACCACACAGGCUGAGAAGGAAGGACAGUCCGUGGAGACACACCGGGCCAGAGGUGGGGAAGGCAUCAGGGACCCAGGCCUGGCCGGCGACCUUGCCUCAAGCUCCACACCUUGCUAAGGGAGAAACGCUUCUGGGUCCAAGUUGACUCCUGUGCGCGGGAAGCAGGAAUUCACCCCUUCUUUCCUCGAGUCUGUUUCCUUGGUCCAGGAUUCUGUGCCAGCCCAUGGUGCCCGUCUUUGAGACAAGCACGCCCUCUUCAGCUGUGGCCUCAGCAUGUCGCCUUUAACCAAACCCCAAGCACCGGAGGAGGUCUUUCCUGGUCUGGAGGAGAAGCCAAAAGGAAAGCCGCUUCUCCCCUGGGGCUCCCUGUUUGGCCAUCGCAGUGAGAAAAUUGUCUUUACCCAAAGUGACAGUGUCCCCGAGGAGAAUGUGCUCACCAUCACCAUCACUGAGACCACCGUCAUUGAGUCGGACCUGGGCAUCUGGAGCUCCCGGGCCCUCCUUUACCUCACCCUGUGGUUCUUCUUCAGCUUCUGCACUCUUUUCCUGAACAAGUACAUCCUGUCCCUUUUGGAAGGGGAGCCUAGCAUGCUAGGUGCCGUGCAAAUGCUGUCUACUACGCUCAUCGGCUGUGUCAAGAUUUUCCUCCCUUGCUGUUUGUAUCAGCACAAAACCCGCCUCUCCUACCCGCCCAACUUCAUCAUGACCAUGCUGUUUGUGGGUCUAAUGAGGUUUGCAACAGUGGUUUUGGGGUUGGUCAGCCUGAAGAACGUGGCAGUGUCGUUUGCCGAGACGGUGAAAAGCUCAGCACCCAUCUUCACCGUGAUUAUGUCCCGGAUGAUCCUGGGGGAGUACACGGGGCUGCUGGUCAACCUCUCACUCAUCCCAGUCAUGGGAGGGCUGGCGCUGUGCACCGCGACUGAGCUGAGCUUCAAUGUCCUGGGCUUUUCCGCUGCCUUGUCCACCAACAUCAUGGACUGUUUGCAAAAUGUUUUUUCAAAAAAGCUCCUCAGUGGGGACAAAUACAGGUUCUCGGCCCCGGAGCUGCAGUUCUACACCAGCGCUGCCGCAGUGGUCAUGCUCAUCCCAGCCUGGAUCUUCUUCAUGGAUAUGCCAGUGAUUGGAAGGAGUGGGAAGAGCUUCCGGUACAAUCAGGAUGUGGUGCUGCUGCUGCUGAUGGACGGCGUACUGUUCCACCUGCAGAGCGUCACGGCCUACGCCCUGAUGGGGAAGAUCUCCCCGGUGACCUUCAGUGUCGCCAGCACCGUGAAGCAUGCUCUGUCCAUUUGGCUCAGUAUUAUCGUUUUUGGCAACAAGAUCACCAGCCUGUCAGCCAUUGGCACUGGCCUGGUGACGAUCGGCGUCCUGCUCUACAACAAGGCCAAGCAGCACCAGCAGGAGGCCAUGCGGAGCCUGGCAGCUAUCCCUGGCCGAGCCCCGGAGGAGGAUGCUGAGCCUCUGCUGCCAUCGGAUCCCCAUUCACACCACUGAGCCCAGGAGCCCCUCCACUGCCCAGCUCCCACAGCAUCAGCACCUCCCCUCCGUGCCAAAGGUGGACCCCUGAUGCCGGACCCCCAUUGGUCACUCCUGCUCCCUUGGUCAGGCGCAGGGAUGCCUACCUCCCAGGUCACCGUCAGAGUGCUGGAGACUAGGAAGUGUGCAGGUGGGCACCACCUGCUGCUGGCCUGGUUUCAGUCAGGAUCCCUCAGCACGUGGGGUUCCAGGUGUCCGCUUCCUGGGCAGGCCCAGAGCCCAGCCUCCCUGUGCUCCUCACCAAGUGAUGUGAAAACAGCCUCUGCCUGAGCACUGGGCGGGUGUCUGGACCCUGCAGCUCCAUUGCUGGAUCACAUCUGGCUCCAGUAAGGCCAGGCUCAAAUCCCUUCUCUGGACAACCAGUUCGGUCACCUGUGAAGCUGGGCUGGGUCUAAGUGCCAAUGUGAGUUGCACACCUGGUGCCAGCAGAGAGAACUCCGCUGCCCCUGCCGGCCACUGAAGCUGCAACCUGACCCUCACCAUCUGGGGACACCGGACCUGGUCAGCCUUCGAGGGUGCUGCCCCAAGUGCAGAACCAUGUCAGAGAAGGGGUGGGGCAUCUGGGGCCACAGCAACAAGUGCCCCCCCCAGCUAAGGGCAGGGUGUUUGGUACCUGGCUCCUCACCCUCCUACCCUCUCCCUGACCCUGUCACCAUCUCAUCCCUUUACCCUCAAAGCUGCAGUAUCCUGCGGUCCGUUAAGAAGACAGCUUAUUCCUAGGGACUGGUAAAAUCACUUCUCUGAGGUUAAGAAGGGAAGGUGCACGCCACGACACCCCCCCACCCAGUGUCAACCUGUGCUGUCCUAAGCUGUCUGUGUCCCCGAGCAUCCUGCCCCUGGACUGUGGCCGCGGCUCCCAGGCUGGAGCUUUCCACCUGGGGAUUGAGGACAAACAUCUUCAGUAUUUACGGGCAGGAGAUGCUGACCACCCUCCCCUGUCCCCUGGAUUCUCCUGGGUUCUGAGUGUCACACAGAGCAGGCCAUGGGGUGGGCUCCCUGGGGCAUGUCUGUCUUCACUUGGUGCUGCUGGUAGCUGCAUGCCUCGAGGUUCUUAAUCUCAUCGAUGCACCUCGUGAAGAGUCUGCCGUGAGAGCUGACGAGCAGGAGAGCAUUUGGCAGAGUGCUGAGUGUUAACUGUUCCUUGAACUGCAUUUAAAAUGAUGCUGUGGUUUUUAAAAAAGGGAGGGCACACACAGCUGGUUUCCGGAAGACAUGGUGCACGUUUGGUUAAAGGAUCAGGUGGAGCUGGCUCCUCCAUAAGAUCGAAGCGCACCUGGCCACCAGGAGAGCUGAGCCAGGUCUGUGGCUGUCGCUGUCCCAGACACGCACGCGCAAUGCUCAAGGCGCCUGAGGAGUGAAUGGGUGGCCAACCACACCAGGUGUCUGGGCAGCGGGCUGUACGAGAAGGAUUUCACCUCUUUGCUUUGCUCUCCAUCUUGCAUCCUGGCAGAAUUUCUGAUUGGGGCACAGUCCAUCACCCUAAGCUCUGGGGGCUUGUCAGAUGCAGCACAGCCCAGGAGCCAGACUCAGUGGGUGUGGAGCAGGGAUGCCAAUUAGGAUGGUACAGGCUAACAAAGAAUUCACGGCACCAGCCAGCCCCACUUCUCCCUGCUAUUCCGUCUUGGGCUCCCAUAAUUGUUUUGCCACUUUCCACCUGGCUUCUCACCUGGAAAAUGUAAAGCAAGAAAAUAGCCCCUCCUGGAGAUCCAAUGUCUCAGAAACAAAGAGCAAUAAUUCCAUCUCAAUGAGUUCCACCCACUUGGAAAGUUUGUCUCGGUGACUAAUCAAAGCCAGGCCCUGCGUGUAUACAGCAGUCUAAGCGCAUGAGCUGUCCUUUCUGAACAGCUGACCCACCCCACCCCACUGUGUGUACACAGCAGUCUAAGAGAGCGAGCCAUCCUUUCUGCACAGCUGACCCCUGUGUGCAGGGACCUGUGUGUCUGCUCACCGGUGCCCAACUGGCUUCAGCUGUGAGAGCGUUUUCUCAUUCCCUUCAUCUUUUUGCUUUUCUCGAAAACAGAACUAAAUUUAUCAAAAGUGGCUGGGUGGCAGGCUGUCCCAGAGUGGCCAAAUGGAGCGGAAGACCCGCCUCCUUGGGGCUCCUGCCUCCCCAGCCAGGGGCCUGGCCACCACCUCCCUGGAGAACAUGGCUGCCCAGCCAGCUGCUGACCACUGUGGUAUGGCAGAGAUGGGAGAGCCAUCUGUGGUUGCCCUGUGGUAGGUCUGCACGUUGGCCUUCUCAAAGACUGUCAUUUGAGUGUGACCAGACACUCAGGCCCUGGUUUCUGAGUAUUUUCAAGAUUCCAAGUCCUGUGUCCCCUGUAUGAAUUCCUGCCUCCUCUCUGCCAUUGCAAUUUGCUCUUGACUACUAAUCUAAAGGUUGGCAGCUCAAAUACCCCGCCCCCUGGCUGCGCUGAGGAAGAAAGCUCUGGCGAUCUGCUUCCAUAAAUAUUAGAACCCAGAAAGCCCUACGGAGCUCAGCUCUACUCUGUAACACACGGGGUUGCCAUGAGUCGUGGCGGAAUCAACUCAGCAGCAGUGGGUUUGGUUUUUGGUCUCUGCCACCUCCACCAGCAGCUUGCGGCCUGUUUCAGUUUUCCAAAUGUGUGGACCAGAAAGCAAAGGAGGAUUCUCCUAAAUGGUUAGCAAUGGGGCAAAGACCUGCAAAGCUGCUUUGGAGACCACUCCUUCUGAGUAGACAGUAGAGUCUAUGCCAGGCCAGCACGCUCUCUUGCUCCCGACAUGCACCCUGUCCUCCUCAAUCCUGUCCGUCCUGCACGUCCCUAGUAUCAGUUUCCGGCAUCCACUUCUCAAGACUUUUCCAGAACAGCCCUGUACCUUGAGUUGGGAGCUGGAAGGCUGCAGCCCGGUGUGGCCAUUUGUCUAAUGACUGUACAGAGACAAUGUGUUUAUUAUUUACUCUGCCUAGUGAUUUUUAUAGAAUAGUAUGUUCUUUUUGUUGAACCGUUGGAGAUGUCCUGUGUAAACACUGACACUGGGUGUCGUCACUCAUGCUGGGUUAACUCUUGGAUCCGUGGUUAUUGUCUGUGCCUCUGUAAAGAAACAAAACACUUGAGCCAAACCUUCUGUGUCAAAUCAUCCGCUGACUUACAUUGACGCUUCAAGAUGUACAGAUUUCUAAUGUUUGACAAUAUUUCUACUACUGAGUGGCAUUAAAAGCUUUCCUUGGAAAUUCCUGUCAUUGUAAUUUCAUGCAUAUCAGCAUUAAAAUAACCUGCCUGGGAAGCUGAGGCUACUUUUGCACAAUCCAAAAUGUAUCUGUAAUUUGAGAAAGAUAAACAUGGUAUCUCAGAAACGGUAAUGAAAAAAUUAAAGCACUGUACAAGAA